AUGGUUGAUGAUCUUGUUGAUUCUCCGUUAGCUCGCCAUGGCUUCACUGGACGUUGUGUACGAGGGAAGCGAGUACUUGGUCAAACACAUGUUGCUAUGGGUGAUGACCUGGCGGAGUUGUCGGUUUGGGCUGAAAACUGUUAUUCUCCCGAUCCGCUGUAUAGGAAGACCAAGCUCAUAUGCACUAUGGGACCAUCAUGUUGGGAUGUUGAUACGUUGGUGAAGAUGAUCGAUCAGGGCUUGAACGUGGCGAGAUUCAGCUUCUCUCAUGGUGACUUUGAGACCCACAGUAGAGCUCUGAGGAAUUUGAAGGAUGCACUUAGGGAGCGGCCAAAUAAGGACGUAUCCAUUAUGCUCGAUACCAAGGGACCCGAGAUCCGUUCGGGUUUCUUCGCCGCUGGUGGUAAGGUCGAGCUCGAGGCCGGUCAGGACUUGAUCCUCACCACUGAUUACUCCUUCAAGGGUGAUGCUCAUAAGAUCGCCUGUACCUAUGAGAAGCUCCCCCAGAGUGUCAAGCCCGGUUCCAUCAUCCUUAUGGCUGAUGGCACGGUUAACCUGGAGGUUGUUGAGUGCUACGAGGACAGCGUUAAGACUCGUGUCUUGAACCACGCUAUCAUCGGUGAGCGUAAGAACAUGAACCUCCCCGGCGUCAGAGUCGACCUUCCCUGCAUUGGUGAAAAGGAGGCCAACGAUAUUCUUAACUGGGGACUCCCUAACGGAAUCGAUUUCAUCUCCGCUUCUUUCGUCCAGCAUGGUGAUGAUAUCCGUGAACUGCGAGAGAUGUUGGGAAGUCGUGGUCGGAACGUUCAGAUCAUCUCCAAGAUCGAGAGCACUGAGGGUCUUAGGAACUUUGAUGAUAUCCUUGAGGCUUCCGAUGCCAUUAUGAUCGCUCGUGGUGAUCUUGGUAUGGAGAUGCCCCCUGAGAAGGUUUUCCUCGCUCAGAGGAUGAUGACUGCUCGUUGCAACCUCGCUGGCAAGCCCGUCAUUACCGCUACUCAGAUGCUCGAGUCCAUGAUCGAGAACCCCAGACCCACUCGUGCCGAGGUCAGUGAUGUUGCUAACGCUGUUCUUGAUGGUAGCGAUGGUGUUAUGCUUUCUGGUGAAAGUGCAA